AUGCAGGGACCUGUCCCCAUCCAGGACACCAUGGCAAGUGACACGGGGCCCUCCAACACCAUCAAACUGCUGCACCUGCUCUUCCUCUCCACCUCCUGGGGAAUGCAGGUCUGGGUGACCUUCGUGGCCGGGUUUGUGAUGAGCAGGCACCUCCCUCGCCACACCUUCGGCUCCAUCCAGCGUGAGCUCUUCCCCUACUACUUCCACAUCAGCUCCACUUGUGCCUUCCUCAACCUGACCCUGUUUGCCCUGUCCCACCCCAGCGAGCGGCUUGGCGAGGAGCACACGGCCCAGAUCAUCAUCUUCUUCACCUGCAUCGCCGCCUCCGUGCUGAACGCGCAGUGGUUCGGGCCGGUCACCUCAGACGUGGUGGCUGAGCUGCAGCAGGUGGAGAGCAGCCAGGGGCUGGGGCAGGAGCUGGGGCUGGCAGGCAGCGAGCCCCGCAGGCAGCUCCGAGCCUCCAACCCCAGGUACAGGGAGCUGGCGCGGCGCUUCGCCCUGCACCACGCUCUGUCCUCCCUCUGCAACCUGCUGUGCAUCGUGUGCAACGGGCUGAGCCUGCACCACCUGGCUGCCCAGCUCUCUGCCCUCUGA